AUGAGCAUAGAAGAAAACAUAAUUACUUGUUUGAGAAUACGUCCUGUGUAGGACUCUGAGAAAAUUAUAGAAUGUGUUGAUGAUAAAUCAGUUAUUAUAGCGAGAACAAAGGAGAUGUUUUCCUUUGAGAAAGUAUUUGAUGAAACUAAAACAUCAGAUUAAAUAUUUACAGAGCUUGGUGUUUAAAAUAUAGAUUAGUGUUUUGAAGGAAAAAAUGUUUGUAUGUUUGCUUAUGGUCAAACAUCUUCAGGUAAAACAUUUACAAUGAAAGGAACCAAAGAAAAUCCUGGUAUUAUUCCUCAAACAAUCAACCAUAUAUUUGAUAAGAUGGAUAAUGAAAGCGUCUAACUAUAGAUUAAAGUAUCAUUUUUAGAGAUAUAUAAUGAGACAAUAAUAGAUCUGCUAAACCCUAAAGAACAAAAUAUAGAGAUUAGAGAACACCAUUCAAAAGGAAUUUAUAUUUAAAAUUUAACAGAAAAAGUAGUUUAAAGUAAAGAUGAAGCAGAUUAGCUCUAUAAAUAGGGAGAAGCUAAUAGAAAAUUUGGUGAAACAAGCCAAAACACUCAAUCAAGCAGAUCACAUGUUAUCUUUAGACUUAAUUUUGAAGUGAGGGAUAGUAAAAACCCUACUAAAACACUUCAGUCCGUUUUAAAUCUUAUUGAUUUAGCUGGUUCAGAAAAUAUUGGGAGAUCAAAGACGGAAAAGGAUACAAAAACUAAAAAUGAAGGCGUUAACAUUAAUAAAUCACUUCUCGCAUUAUCAAAUGUUAUAAACAAAUUGAGCUAAAAUAAUCCAGGUUAAUAUAUUAAUUAUAGAGACUCCAAGCUCACUAGAUUACUUUAGCCUUGUCUUGGAGGUAACUCAAGGACUAUUGUAAUUUGCGCAGUCAAUCCUUCUGCAAUAAAUUAUUAAGAAACUAGAGACACAUUAAAUUUUGGUAAAAAUGCUGGAGCCAUUAAAAAUGUAGUUAAUAUAAAUGAAAAAUAGCUAAUAGAUAAAUCUGGCAUAAGCAAGGAAUUCAUAGAUAAUUUUCAAAGGGAAAACUCUGAGUUAAAACAAUAAGUAGAAAAAAGUGAGGAAUUAAUGAAAGAAAAGGAGAUUUGCAUAUAAUCGUUGCAGGAUUAAAUUGAAGAAUUGAGUAUAAUAAAAAGAAAUCAUAUUGAAAAAAUAAUGUUGUAAAAUGAAGAACUGAAUGACUUGAGAUCAGAAAUUAUGACAAUCAGGAAAAAAAAUGAAGAUUUAAAGCAGAAUAAUUAAGAAUUGACUCAAAUUAUACAAGAUUUAAGAGAAAAAGAUUCUAAUAAUUAAAACGAUUUAGAUAGUCAAAAUGAGGUGUUAAGACUAAGACUUCAAAUAGAUUAAAUGAAUGAAAAUAUGGGAAAAAUGACACAGACUUACUAAUUAAUGUAAGAAGAAGGCUUAAAGUUGACUAAUUAAACUUAAAUCCUUUUAAAGACAGUUUAAGAUAUGGAAAUAGAAAAAACAUAGCUAAUUGCUUCUAAUAAAUUAUUGAGUUAGUAAGUUAGUGAUAUGUAAAAAAAAUUAAAUUAGAGGAAAGCCGAAAUAUAACCUAAUCUAAUUCCAUAGUAAUAGCAGUAAUAACCAUAAAAUACUCUUUUAAGUUUAGUUGGUAGCUCUAAUAGUUAGUCUAGUGCUCCAUAAAGCAAUUUAAAAAAUAAAUUUUUUUGGGAUGAUACGGAUAAAGAAAAUGUUAAUAAUGGAAAUAUAUAAGAUUAAUUAAGUACUCGAGACAAAUUCAUUAUGAUAGAUGAAAAAAUGGAUACUUUAUAAAGAGAGAGUUUCGCUUUAAAUAAGCAAAUAUAAUAAAAUUAAUAAAUAGAGGAACUACACAUAUAAUUAAGUUAAGUGGAACACUAGUUAAUAAAUGCUAAUUUCAAGAUAAACUAGCUUCAGUAAGAAGUUUUAACUCUCAAGAAUCUAGCAAGUUCAAGUGAAAGCAAAUUCAAUUCUUAAGGGAAAUCUUUCAUCUCUGAUUGUGACAGCAGUUAUGGGGACGUCAUUCAUAAAAGAUCAAAGAAAGAUGAAUAUAAUUACAUAAAGAAAAAAAUUGACACAGAAGUUGACAGCUUUGCUUUGAAGAGAGAGAUAAGAAAUUUAAAUAAAAAAAUAAAAAGUCUGGAAGGGCUAGCAGAAACACAAAGAGUCAAGCUAUAAGAGAAAAUAGAAUAAAUAAAAUGGGUAAAUAUUGUUAGAAUAAAACUAGAAAACAGGCUCAUGGAAUAUGGCUUGACUACUGAUAACUUACUUCCAUGA